AUGACCGCCCUUCCCGAUAUUAAGAACCUGCGCUCCUUGUCCGGUGAGGAGCAGACAAAAGCUCUUGACCUCCUCUUCGAACCGAGUCCUGCGAUACAUGCCCUCCUCCUGCCCUCCAUCUCUGCCACCACUUUCGACUCCUACAAUGACUUAAUCACUCAUGCUCAUAAGAUCUUCGAAGCCCUUGCGGCUGAACCUUCCCGCAAGACGGAGUUACACGCUAUAAUUGGAUCGCAUCCUCGACUCGGGGCUAAGAAGGUGGAAAGUGCCCAAUCCGCAGCUGAGCAGGCCAAGUUACAAACUGGGGACGCCACCGAACUGGCUGCGCUGAACACCGAGUACGAACUGCGGUUUCCAGGGCUGCGAUACGUCGUAUUUGUCAACGGCAGGGGCCGCCCAGAGAUUAUGGAGAAUAUGCGCGCGCGCAUUGCUCGUGGUGAUAUUGCGUUGGAGGAGCGCGAAGCGAUACAAGCCAUGUGCGACAUUGCAAAGGACCGGGCAGCCAAGCUUCAAGCUACUUCUCAUUGA